CUCAUGUUUAUGUGGAUCCACACUGACCAACCCUAACUGCCAGCUGACACCGCCCACUCGCACAAACUCGCUCCAUCUAUCUUUUAUGAUUUAGAACUUUUCGGUCCACUUGAGAUUUUUUCCCAAUCUUCAGUCAAUACUAACCAACAGCACAACAGCUUUUCUUCUUCCCAUCGACUCUCUUUCUUUUAUUGCAAAGAGUCACCGUAAAGAUGGGUAUUGAUCUCGACCGUCACCACGUGCGCGGCACUCACCGCAAGGCACCCAAGAGCGACAAUGUCUACCUCAAGCUCUUGGUGAAGCUAUACCGCUUCCUGGCCCGCCGAACCGACUCCAGCUUCAACAAGGUUGUCCUGCGCCGCCUAUUUAUGUCCCGCACCAACCGACCCCCCGUUUCCCUCUCGCGCGUUAAGAGCCAGCUCUCCAAGGAUCAGGAGGGAAAGAUCAUCGUUGUCAUUGGCACCGUUACCGACGACAACCGCCUACUCGAGGUCCCGAAGGUCUCUAUCGCUGCUCUUCGAUUCACUGCCACGGCCCGUGCUCGCAUUACCGCUGCCGGUGGCGAGGCAUUGACCCUCGACCAGCUCGCACUACGCUCCCCUACUGGUAGCAACACCCUACUCCUCCGCGGCCCCAAGAACGCGCGUGAGGCUGUCAAGCACUUCGGCAUGGGUCCUCACAAGCACAAGAAACCCUAUGUCGAAUCCAAGGGCCGCAAGUUCGAGCGUGCUCGUGGUCGCAGACGGUCGCGUGGUUUCAAGGUCUAAGGGAAAAUUGGGUUGGUUUAGGUCGUGCGUUACGUCUCUUCGGAUAUACCAUGGAGGCAAUUCUCAACCGGAAGAGAUCUGCUUCGGGAGUGGAUUCUGCAUGGCUUGGCGUGAUACGGAAUUGCAAAAUGAAUUCAUACAGAAUAAGAUGAAUUACCACUGACAACACCAGUUGACCACUUUUCUACAUAAACGAUGACCGAUGCCAUUGAGUUUUUACACAAUUUCUAUGGGGCUGAGUAGCCAUGUCGUAGGCCGCUAAAUGAUAUGACACGAAACCGAAGCACCAAUUCAAAAGCCUAUUGUCUAGGUAGUUAAGUGAUGCUAGAUCGGAGGACCGCCUUGAUAUUUCUUAAAGUGCUCAGUUCUUGUGGAAUUAGAACUAAAAGAAAGAAUCACCUGACUCCACGUUUAAGCUGUUUGAUGCCAAAAUCAUUUCGUCAUAGCUAAUUUCAACAAAC